AUGAAGAAAAACAGCAAAGUCUCUGCACCGGCUGCAGCCAUGAUGUCUCAGCAGGAGCUCUUUUGGGACUCGCUCUACGGGGAUGAUUUGAAAUUGGCGCGUGCCACGGGCUGCAGCUGUGCCGCGGACUUGGAGAGAGAAAAGCAGAAGAAACAGGAGCGCCAAGCAAAGGCUGAUGCUGCUCAGAGACAAAAUUUACGCGAAAACGAAUGGAAGAGGCAGAAGGAAAAAGAAGAAGAAAAAAAGCAAAGGGAAAAGAAUCGAGAGGAGAACAAGUGGAAGAAACAGUUCGAGAUUGCCAAGAAGCAAGCCUUCUCCGAAGGAGUUUUGGAGGCACACGAUUAUGGAGACGGUGUCUACUGGGUUCAGUGCGAAGACAAGAGGUGGCUGGAAGUUCAAGGGGAGUACUACUGCCCCUUGUGCAACAAACAAUUGAACCAAAGUUCGCUGGAGCUCCACAUCAACUCCGAUGCGCACAAGAAAAAAGUGGCCUGGAGUUUGGGUCCUAGCGGCCCUGGCGCCCAUUCCGCGCCCUCGAUGCCAGCGGCACCACGUGCGGCUGUCAUCAACACGGCAGUGGUGAAGCGGGACGCACCAGCAGCGAUGGCGGAGUGGCAAACCAUGGGGCCUGAUGGCUUGGUGCGGUGCAUUCCUUGCAACAAAGUGGUGGAUGACAACCACAUCAGCAGCGGAGACCACAUCCGACGCCUUGAAAGUUGGCUGGCUCACGAGCAGCUCAAGAAGACAGGCUAUGCAGCACCCACCUUGGAGUACUUGGCUUAUGUGCCGAGCGUCGCAGGGGACGACACCUCGGAGCGUUGGCUGAAAUGCUUGCUCUGUGGGAAGUUUGUACAAGACGAGACCUCCCAUUCUGGCACUAAAGAGAACCCACAAGGCUCCGUCCAGCACAAGAAGAACUUGACCAACUAUGUGGGCACAGCAUGGUAUCAAGACAAUGUGAUCAAGGAGAGGCUGAAGUGGCAUCCCGCCCCCACGGUUCGCUGCAAGCCAGUUCCCAAGCCUGCGGCCUCGCCUGCACCUUGGGCCGCCGCCCCAGCCCCGGCCUCCUACUGUGGGGGUCGUGCCCCUGCAGCGCCCGCGGCCAAUGCGCAGCCUGCGUGGAUGAGGGACGACCCACCGGCAGCCACGCAGCGGGUCUAUGAUCCAUGGCAAGAUGAGGAGGACACGAAGACCACACAGGUUCCGUAUCCUUCAUCUUCAGAGACCAGACUUCCCUCAGCUGAUGCGGCUGCGGAAGGGGAAGGCGAAGAAUUUGAAUGCUGA